GAACACAGCACUCCAGGUGGGGUCUCACCAGAGCAGGGGGGCAGAAUCCCCUCCCUCUCCCUGCUGGUCCCACGGCUUUGGAUGCAGCCCAGGACACGGUUGGUUUCUGGGCUGCCUCAUGUUGAGCUCCUCAUCCCCGGCACCCCAAAUCCUCCUCAGGGCUGCUCUCAACCCUGAACCCCUGACAGCAGAGGAGUAGAAGCUGCUCCUCGGUGAAACACCCUUUUUGAGGGAUGGAUCUUGGGGUCUCCUCUGGGUUUCUUCCCUCCUGGAUGGCCGGGAAGGGCUGAGCCGGCUGGAAAAGGCUUUUGCGGGCGGUGACGGCGCUGGGAGCGGGUUCUGCGCUGGUUCCUCCUCCCAGACACGAGGGAGGAGUUCUGUGCAGGGCAGGAGAAACCGAAAGUGCAGGCGAGAGGGAGGGUGCCCAGCUCGCCACACCAUGGCCGGCACUAGCCCCGCUCCCCGGGUCCUAGAAGAUGACUUCCAGUUCCUCCGUUGUGAGGACUGCCAGCAGGAAUCGCCCAACCUUAAACUCCUCACCUGCCUCCACACUUUGUGCCUCAGUUGCCUGAGGAAGAACAAACUCACUGGGCACUGUCACAUGUGCCAAACGGCUAUCCCACAGGCCAGCAGCACCCCCAGCAUGGACAACCUGCUCUUCACAAACCUGCAGGCCAGACUCAAGGUCUACAAGAAGAUUGUUGAUAGAGUUGACUUGUUCUGCGGCUACUGCAAGAAAGCUGGUGAGCUUUGGUGCUCCAGCUGCAAGGAGUUCCUUUGCACCAACUGCUUUGAGGUCCACCAGCGCUACCUGAAGAGGGAGAGCCAUGAUGCCAAGAGGGUGAUGGACAUCAGGGCAGGGUCUGCUAAGGAUUUCCUUGAGGGCACCAGGAAGACCAGUAACUUGUCCUGCUCCAACCCGACCCACAAGAGCCAGACUGUAAGCAUCUACUGCAACAAGUGCGAGAAGGCGCUGUGCUGCAUCUGCGCGCUGCUGGACAGCCAACACGGGUCCUUCUGCGACAUCCGCAGCGAGACCCAGCGCAGGCAGGAGGAGCUGAGCACCAUGGUCCAGGAGCUGAAGCAGAAGAGAAGCAGCUUUGAGGCCACCUACUCGGUGCUGCAGGAUGAGGCUGCGCGGCUGGAGCAGGCACAGCGGGAGAUGCGGGAGCUGAUCCGGGAGCGUGUGGAGCAUUUGGUGCAGCUGAUCCGGCAGGAGGAAGAGGAGCUGCUGGUGCUGGUGGAGACGCAGCAGGAGCAGGGCCGGCGGGAGCUGGCGAGGGAGCUGGAGCACAUGGAGGGGAUGCUGCGGCGGAUGGAGGCGAGCGAGCGGCUGGUGGAGAAGAUGAACCUCUAUGCCACGGAGCAGGAGGUGAUGGACAUGCAGCCCUUCAUCAAGAAGUCACUGGAGGACCUGCAGUGCCUGCAGCCGGCGGCAACAGGGGACCAAGUGCAACGUGGGAACUUUGCUGAGUGCAGAGCCAGGCUGCAGGCACUGGUGGAGCGUGUCACAGGGCACCCAGGUACCUCUGGUCCCCAGCAUGACUCCCCAUCAGAAGAUGAGACCACCCUGAUCCUCGAGCCUCCCAGGGAGCAAUGUCAAUCACAUGGAGGUGUCCCCACGGGCCUGCCUGCCCACCACCAGCCUUGUGUCCCCGUUUUGGAGCCCUCUGGCAGCAGUGAACACAUAUGUCCAGACAAGGAAGGGAACAUAGACCCCACCCAAUCCAUACCUCCAGCCGUUCUGAUGCAGAGGAAUAAAGAAGCAGUGGAGGACUCAGCAUCAGCCCAUGAGGACACUGCGCCUCUUCCCAGGAGCAUCCAGCAUCCUCUGGCCUCCUUGCAGAAAGAUCUCAGUGACUGGGCCAGGUCCAACAUGCAGCAGGCAGACAAGCUCCUGAAGAUCAGCAAUUGCCUCUUGCAAGCCCAGUGCAGAGCAAACAGGCACCUGGUGUCCAUGACCCAGGAGAUCCAGGCCAUGUCUCGCUCCCUGGCCGCCAUCGCUUCUGCUGUGAGACCCUUGCUGCAGUCCAUGGCUGGUCCACAGGAUCCUGCCACCGCAAAUGUGGAAUGGUCUUCCCUGCCCUCUGACCUGCUGGAAUUCCCUCACAGCACCUUGCAGAAGCAUGAACUGCUGGUCCCAGUAUCUACCCCAUCUUCCCCAAGCAGACCCCCUCCUGCCUCCCCCCCAGCCAGUCCAGUGUGCUCGGAGCCCCCUAGCUCACACUCUGAGGGGGAAUGCUCCAAAUCAAGGCACUCCACCAGGGGCAAGCGUGGUGGGAAGCCCAGCACCAGACUUCGGAAGCGGAGGAAGAAGUGAGACUCUGUAAACCAAAACGUUUGCUGUGGACUUUGGCUGCUUGGAAACCCCUAUGAAGGUCCCUAUGGAGACCAAGAUCUCCAUCUCACCUUGCUAUAUCAAUAAAUCCUCCUGGGACAAACAGUGCAUUGGUCUUCUGCUGGGUUUGGCAAGGCAGCACCUCCCCCGUGAAUGAGCCCUCACUGCUGCAUAGCAAGAACAUGCUCGGGAGCAGCAUGAUCCCACCAAUUAUCUAUUUUCUUUCCUUCCCAACAUGUGUGACCUUCUGGCUUAUGGGUCUGGGAUGGAUGGGAAGGCAGCAAACCCGUGUGGGAGAGAUGGAGGAAAGGCUUUAAUGCAAGGAUAGGUGAAUGAGCUGGCAGGUAGCUAGGAAGAAUGGGCACCUCUUUGGCCCAGCCUACAAGCUCACCGCUGGAUUUCAGCCUCAGUAGCAUCUCCAAGAGAUAACCUGUGUGGGACACAGCUGUGGGAAGAACUGCAAAUCCUCCUUUGGUUAGCAGGAUCCAACCGCUCUAGCCCGGGAUAUGAACCUCCUAAAUGGAAACACAGGGUUAUGGUUUUCCGACCUCUCCCCUGGCUUUCCAAGCUUAAAGCCAGCCAGGGGAUGUAUUUUGUUGUUCUUUGGCUCCUCCACCUGCCUACAGGAGCAGAAGAAAUAAACCAUUUUCCUAAU